GUGAUAAGAGUCCAGCCGCCCCCCUCCUUCCCCGCAAGGGGACGGAACAAAUGGGGGAUUGACUGAGGAGCAGCCCUGGGCCAGCCCCUUCGCCAUCUGCCCAAACCCUGCCCAAGGUCUCUUCACCCCACCCCCAGGUCGCACCUCUGGGCCACUCUGUCCUCUCCCCCUCCCAGGAGAUUUCCUCACAUGGCACGAACACCAGGUUCCCCGGUCUCCAGGGUGCAGGGAAGAGGGGAGCAGCUGGUCCUGGCCCGGGGAGGGCCCGCGGCGGGGCGGGGUUUGACCAGGCAGGAGAGGAACUUAGACACGGGUGCCACACAGGAGCUCAGCCCUUCGUCCUGCCGAGAGACUAGCUCACCAUGGACCCCCUCGCGCCCAACUGGACAGAGAUCGUGAACAAAAAGCUGAAGUUCCCGCCCCCACUGCUGGGGGCCAUCCAGGAGGGGCGGCUGGGCCUGGUGCAGCAGCUGCUGGAGUCGGGGCUCGAGACCUCCAGCGGAGGGGCCAGCGGUCCUCCCCGGCACGUGGAGGAGGCCGAGGACCGGUCCUGGCGGGAAGCUCUUAACCUGGCCAUCCGCCUGGGCCACGAGGCCAUCACCGACAUCCUGCUGGCCAAUGUCAAGUUCGACUUCAGGCAGGUCCACGAGGCCCUGCUGGUGGCCGUGGACACGAACCAGUCGGCCGCUAUGCGCCGUCUGCUGGUGCGGCUGGAGCGGGAGAAAGGCCGCAAAGUGGACACGCGGUCCUUCUCCCUCGCCUUCUUCGACUCGUCCAUCGACGGCUCCCGCUUCGCGCCGGGGGUCACGCCACUCACAUUGGCCUGCCAGAAGGACCUGUACGAGGUGGCGCAGCUGCUCAUGGCGCACGGGCACAGCAUCGCGCGGCCGCACCCCGUCUCCUGCGCCUGCCUCGAGUGCAGCAACGCCCGCCGCUACGACCUGCUCAAGUUCUCCCUGUCACGCAUCAACACGUACCGAGGCAUCGCCAGCCGCGCCCACCUCUCGCUGGCCAGCGACGACGCCCUGCUGGCCGCCUUCCAGCUCAGCCGCGAGCUGCGGCGCCUGGCGCGCAAGGAGCCCGAGUUUAAGCCUGAGUACAUCGCCUUAGAGUCACUGAGCCAGGACUACAGCUUCGAACUGCUGGGCAUGUGCCGGAACCAGAGCGAGGUCACCGCGGUGCUUAAUGACCUGGGCGAGGACAGCGAGACCGAAGCCGAGGUCCUGGGCCAGGCCUUCGAGGAAGGCAUCCCAAACCUGGCGAGACUGCGGCUGGCUGUCAACUACAACCAGAAGCGGUUUGUAGCACAUCCCAUCUGCCAGCAAGUCCUGUCCUCCAUCUGGUGUGGGAACCUGGCUGGCUGGCGUGGAAGCACCACCAUCUGGAAGCUCUUCAUUGCCUUCCUCAUCUUCCUCACCAUGCCCUUCCUCUGCCUGGGCUACUGGCUGGCACCCAAAUCCCGGCUGGGCCGCCUGCUAAAGAUCCCGGUACUGAAAUUCCUGCUGCAUUCCGCCUCCUACCUGUGGUUCCUCCUCUUUCUGCUGGGGGAGUCCCUGGCCAUGGAGAUGCAGCUGAGCACCUUCCGCGGCCGCAGCCAGAGCGUCUGGGAGACUUCACUCCACAUGGUCUGGGUCACAGGCUUCCUGUGGUUUGAAUGUAAGGAGGUGUGGAUCGAGGGCCUGCGCAGUUACCUCCUGGAUUGGUGGAACUUCCUGGACGUGGUCAUCCUGUCCCUGUACCUGGCAUCCUUCGUGCUCCGCCUCCUGCUGGCCGGGCUCGCCUACAGGCACUGCCAGGAUGCCCCCGAGGGCGCCCCCUGCCGCUAUUUCACCACAGCUGAGCGAAGUGAGUGGCGCGCAGAGGACCCCCAGUUCUUGGCAGAAGUGCUCUUCGCCAUCACCAGCAUGCUCAGCUUCACCCGCCUGGCCUACAUCCUGCCUGCCCAUGAGUCCCUGGGCACGCUGCAGAUCUCCAUCGGCAAGAUGAUCGAUGACAUGAUUCGGUUCAUGUUCAUCCUCAUGAUCAUCCUGACCGCCUUCCUUUGCGGUCUCAACAACAUCUAUGUACCCUACCAGGAGACAGAGCGUCUGGGCAACUUCAACGAGACAUUCCAGUUUCUGUUCUGGACCAUGUUCGGCAUGGAGGAGCACAGUGUGGUGGACAUGCCUCAGUUUCUGGUGCCAGAGUUUGUGGGCCGGGCCCUGUACGGCAUCUUCACCAUCGUCAUGGUCAUUGUGCUGCUCAACAUGCUCAUCGCCAUGAUCACCAACUCCUUCCAGAAGAUCGAGGAUGACGCAGACGUGGAGUGGAAGUUCGCGCGCUCCAAGCUCUACCUGUCCUACUUCCGUGAGGGCCUGACCCUGCCGGUGCCCUUCAACAUCCUGCCCUCGCCCAAGGCCUGCUUCUACCUCCUCAGGAGGAUAUUCCAGCUCCUUUGCUGUUGCUGCUCCUGCUACAAGACCAGGGAGCCAAACUACCCCCCGAUCCCCAGCUACGCCAACCGCGGGGCAGGCGCAGAGCCCGGGGAGGGAGAGCGUGAGCGCGGGUCCUAUCGCCUUCGUGUCAUCAAGGCCCUGGUUCAACGCUACAUCGAGACCGCCCAGCGGGAGUACGAAGAGACACGUCGGAAAGAUCUGGGCACCAGGCUGACCGAGCUGACCAAGACAGUGUCCCGACUGCAGGGGGAGGUCGCUGGCGUGCGGCGCAGUCUGGCGGAAGGCGGGGCGCCUCGACCUCCUGAAGGUGCCAGCGUGCUUAGCCGCUACAUCACCCGAGUGCGUAACAGCUUCCAGAACCUGGGACCCCCCAUCCUUGAGACCCCGGAGCUGGCGAUGCCAGAGAUGAUGGGGGCCCAGGAAUCUCAGAGUGCUGGAGGGGCUGAAGACCCCGCUCCUGAGGAGCUCAACCCAUCCUCUCCUGCUCACGUGCUUGUACACUGGGAGCAGGAGCCUGAGGGGGCCCAAGAGCUGGGCCCUGAGGGAGAGGCAGGGCCCCCGGGGGAGCCCUGA